AUGGACGAUGAAUUGGAAGCACAUGCAGAGGCAGGGACAUGGGAAAUGGUGGAUCUUCCUCCUGGAAAAUCAGUUGUUGGAAGCAUAUGGGUCUAUAAAGUUAAGACCAAGUCAGAUGCACGACAAUGGGGGAUUCAUCAAAUGGACGUGAAAAACGCUUUUCUUCAUGGUGAGUUACAAGAAGAGGUUUACAUGCAACCUCCUCCUGGUUUGCCUCAUGAACCUAAUCAUGUAUGUAGGCUUCGACGGGCAUCAUAUGGACUCAAACAAGCACCUCGUGCUUGGUUUGAGAAGUUUAACAAUACAAUUCUCCAGUAUGGAUUUACACAAAGCUUUUGUGAUUCAGCUAUGCUCAUGAAAGAUCUUGGAUCUUUAAGUUACUUUCUUAGCAUUGAAGUUUGCAUGUCAUCCACUGGUUAUUUCAUAUCACAAGUCAAAUAUGCAUCUGAGAUUCUACAACGUGCAGGGCUGUCUGACAAUAAGGUAACUGACACACCUCUCGAAUUGAAUGUAAAAUACAGUCCUACAGAUGGGACUCUAUUGUCUAAUCCAACACUGUAUCGUCAACUAGUAGGGAGUCUAAAUUACUUGACUGUUACGAGACCAGACAUAAGUCAUGCAGUUCACAUAGUCAGUCAGUUUAUGUCUGCUCCAAGGUCUACUUAUUAUGCAGCUAUUCUCAGAAUUCUAAGAUAUAUCAAGGGGUCUCUUCAUCAAGGUCUGUGUUUCUCAUCCAAGUCUGAUCUCACUCUUCAAGCUUACUCAGAUUCCGAUUGGGCUGGGGAUGUUACAGACAGAAAAUCUAUUACAGGCUACUGGGUGUUCUUGGGAGACUCAUUGAUUUCAUGGAGAAGUAAGAAACAAAGUGUGGUUUCUUGUUCAAGUGCUGAAGCAGAGUAUAGAGCUCUUGCUCACACCACAUCUGAACUCAUUUGGUUACGGUGGCUUCUUUGUGAUAUGGGAGUUCAAAUUUCUGCUCCUACACCAUUGUAUUGUGAUAACAAGGAUGCUAUUCAAAUUACACACAAUGAUGUCUUCCAUGAACGUACAAAACAUAUCGAGAUAGAUUGUCAUUUUACUCGUCAUCAUUUUAAGAAAGGUACAAUCACUCUUCCGCAUGUCAAAUCAGAAUUUCAAGUGGCUGAUCUUUUCAUCAAGACUCACUCUGCAGCUCGUCUUCGAUUCUUAAUUUCCAGACUCAAGAUGUGUACUCCACCAUCUUGA